GUGCAGCUGAUAAGACGUUGUUAAAAAUCACAAGGCUCAUUUGUGUUAGCGAUAAGUACAGUAGAUCCAGAUUAUACGCUAACACAAUGUCAGAAGAGCUCGAAAGCAGUAUCAAAGUAUACGAGACCCAAUUAAAGCAAGUGCAAGAUGCCCUAGCGAGUGAUCUUGGUAAUGUGGAAUUGAGUGCUUUGGUCCAAGACUUGUCUAAUCUGAUCGACCUGAGUAAGCAAAGUCUUCUGGAGUUCAAGAAAAAGGAACUAAUAGCUCUGCUCGAUCAUUCCAAUCCAAACAACAAAGACCAUACUGAGGAUAUCCCUGCUUCCAAGAAUUCCGACGGAGAGGCCGACGAGUGUCUGGAUCUCUCACAUCUAGAGGGUAUGAAAUGUCGGGCUCCACACGUUAUGAUUGAGAGCUCGAGCAUGCAUAAUGGAAUCAUUUUCCAAAUCGAACACGACUCUCUUGACGGAUCAAUGGCAAAGGCCAAAGUUCGAGUCGUUUUUUCCCAUCCCACGUCUUUGUCUAUGGUACCAUGUCGAUUUUUCAUGGAUGGACGUUGCCGAUUCGAGGAUUCCGAAUGCAAGUAUUCCCAUGGAGAAUCCGUGUUUCUGUCUGAUUUAGCCGAAUACGAAGAACCAGAUUUCACGCAAGUAAAGCCGGGAUCAGCCAUUUUAGCUAAAACAGAGGGUGAUCCCUUAUGGAAACACGCCUCCGUGGAAGGGAUUGAGGACCAAGUCGUGCAUCUUCGACUCCUUCAUGACCACUCAAAUAUUCAUAGUUUGCCGUUAGAAUCCAUUUUACCCUUGUUGGCCAAUGACACUGAAGACAACGAAGGCAAUGAUGACAAUGAUUCUGAGGCGAAAGAACAUGACGUGUCCUGCACCGUGUCAGAUGCGACCUUGAACGAGAGUGAUUUCGCUCCCAAUGCAUCCUUACUAGGGACGUUAUCCUCCGCCGUUUUAGGGGACUGGGAAAAGCACACUAAAGGCAUUGGUUCAAGACUCAUGAUGAAGAUGGGCUACAUUACAGGGUCGGGCUUGGGAAAAACUUGCGAAGGCCGAGUUGAACCCGUCUCAGCCACCGUGUACCCGCCAGGCAAAUCUUUGGAUUGGUGCAUGGACAAAAGAGAAGAAGCUGGGGGCGGGGACGCUCUGUCCGUGGAAAAUUCGAUGAAAAAGCAGAAACGGAUGGAGGAGCGGAAAUCUCGACGGAAGUACUAUCAAGCCAAACAAAAGCAAGCUAGAGAGGAGUCCUUGUUCAGCUUCAUCAACACCUUGGGCCAGGAUCCGGGGGCGGGUCUGAGGAAAUCCAAAAGUGUCGCUAACACUAGUCAAACCAAGGGCGACAAGCCCAAACACCCUAAAGCCAAUCUGAACGUGGAAAGCUUCAAGUUGUCUGAGGAGAUUCGUAAAACUCAGAGGGAUCUGCAAACUCUUCAGGGCACCCAUCAACGUCAUAAGGGCAAAGAUGCGGCCACCGCUGCGGCUGUUCAUGCCAAAAUUCGUCUAAAGCAGAAACACUUGAAGUCGCUCCAAAAUCGAGAAUCUCAUGUCCAAGGCAUGAAAAAUCACCAAGCUGGCCACAAAAAGCUGUCCAUUUUCUAACUUGAACUUAUUAUUGAUUUCAUUCAAUUUACUCCCUUCUCGUUUGAAGGUCCUGCACUUUCAGGAUCUUAAAAAAGAAAUCCAUCUUUAGUCUUGA